CAUGUUGCAGACAGUCAGUGAGUGGCUGUGGUGGGAGCGCCUGUGGCUGCCAGGAAAUGUCUCCUGGUCUGAUCUGGAGGACAAUGAAGGUCGUGUCUAUGCUAAAGCCUCUCAACUUUACGCUGUUCUGCCCUGCGCCCUCUGCCUGCUCGUUGUCAGAUACCUAUUUGAGAGAUAUGUGGCCACACCGCUGGCUGAUAUGUGGGGAGUCAGAGACAGGGUACGUCGCAAAGCAGAACCAAACCAUGUCCUAGAAAAGUACUUCUGCAGCCAAACACGGCUUCCAUCGCAGGCUGAUGUGAGGUCUCUGUGUAAGAAGACCAGUUGGCCAGAAAGGAGAGUUCAAGUCUGGUUCAGAAGGAGGAGGAACCAGGACCGUCCAGCACUUCGGAAGAGAUUCUGUGAAGCCAGUUGGAGAUGCUUGUUCUAUUUUUUUGCAUUUGUUGGCGGAGUCCUUGCUCUGUAUGAUAAACCUUGGCUUUAUAAUCUGAAGGAGGUUUGGGCAGGCUUCCCUAAACAGUCCUUGCUGCCAUCUCAGUACUGGUAUUACCUCUUGGAAAUGGGUUUCUACCUUUCUCUGCUCCUCAGCCUCUCAACUGAUGUGAAACGGAAGGACUUCAAAGAGCAGGUGAUUCAUCACAUAGCCACACUGACUCUUCUUAGCUUCUCCUGGUUUUCAAACUACAUCCGUAUUGGAACCCUUGUGAUGGCAGUUCACGACUCUGCUGACAUCCUGCUUGAGUGUGCCAAAGUAUUAAACUACGCCAAGUGGCAUCAGACUGCUAAUGCCAUGUUUGCAGUGUUUACACUUCUCUUUAUGUUGACAAGACUUGUGAUUUUCCCCCUCUGGCUGAUCCACUGUACAUGGGUGUAUCCGCUUGAGACAUUUGCUCCCUUCUUUGGCUACUAUUUCUUCAACGUCAUGUUGGUAGUUCUACAGAUACUCCACCUCUACUGGGCUGUUCUCAUAUCACGAAUGUUUUACAAGUGUGUCUUCACCAAGCUGGAAGGUGAUGACAGAAGUGAUGAAGAAGAGGAUGACAGUGACUCAUCAAAUGAAAGAAAGCACAAACCGACUCACUUUAAUGGCUCUGGAACCAGAGGCCGGGCCAACGGCCACUAAUACACGAAGACAGAGACAGAGAAAAGUGAAAAUGGAAAGCAGACACAUGGACAGAUUCAGUCUGGAUUGCAGUGGCUGGAAUACAUUUUGCAUAUAAGAAGAAGUAAAUACACUUUAGCAGAGAAUUGUAUUCUUAAAGGAACUGUGAACGAUAAUAGAUUGAAGGUGCAUGGUUAGAACUCACUAAAACCAGGACUUUUAAUAACAUCAUGGCGGUUCCGUGGUUAGCACUGUUGCCUCACAGCAAGAAGGUGUGUGUUUGAACCCUGGCUGUCCCAGGUCCUUUCUGUGUAGAGUUUGCAUGUUAUAUAUUUGAAUGGGUUUUCACCAGGUGCUCCAGUUUACUUCCAUCAUCACUUCUUUCUCCUGUCAGUGCCCAUGACCAAGACACUGGCAAAAGAACUGGAGUCGGUCCCCAGGCGCUGCUGCA